ACGCAAUAAUCUUCGAAAUUCCCGAGUUGCUAACAUCAAUGCAUCGAAAUUCCCAAGUGGUCCGCGCUUCUGUUAUCGUGCGCUUAAGUCUUUUUGUUCCUCUUCUACAGAAUGAACUCGCAAUUGUGUUCAGCAAUUUCUUGAAUUGACUGUUCUGUAACAGAUAGGGCCCGAAGGAAUCGAGUUUGGAGGCAUUCUAUUUGAUCAGCCGCAAGCGAAGUUUCAAGAAUCGAGAAGAUGAAGUGUAGUUUAUUGCUCAUGCUGAUGCAAGUUACUUGGAUUAUUGAAGCUGAGGAAGUGAUCUCAAUCAACAAGAAACUUAUCAAGAAGAAGAGGGGAGAAUGUGUUACAUUCGACGGAGAACAUUACUACAACACCAACGACACAUUCCAAUGGAAAAAGCGAGAAACAACCACCAUGGAGUCUGGCGGUCGUAUCCGUAUCUCAGGUGAUCGCGGCAAAACGGUUGAAAUAAGCCGACUGGAGGAGUCCGAUACGGCAUUGUAUUCCGCCAUGAUACACACCGCUGGGGGACUGGAAAUUACUCGGCACUGGCUGGUAGUUCGAGGCUGUGAUGUCAAUGAAAGAGAGAUUGACUUCAACGAUUGCGAGACAGCUUGUGAAGGAAUGUGUCUGGAAGGUUGGCAUCAUUUCGAUGACAAAUGCUACCGUUACUUUUCUCAACCGAGGACAUGGCUCAGUGCUUACUACUACUGUCAGGGACAAUUUGGAGCCAAGCUUGCUACAAUUGACAGUAGCGAGGAAAACGAUUUUGUUGGUCAUCUUCUAUUGACGGGGAGUGGCGGUUGGAUAGGAUUGAACGACAGAAGUAAGGAAUCGAGAUUUCUUUGGAAUUACAACAAAUUCGAUCAACCGGUAUUUUUUGCUUGGGACAAAGGUGAUGGAAAAAAUCCCGAACCAAACAAUUUCAACGGGCAGUGCAACGUCGAGAAUUGCGUGGAGAUGAAUUCCGUGAACAAAAAGUGGAACGAUGUGGUGUGUAAAGCGCAUAGAAGCUACGUGUGUGAAAGAAAGUUUGCUGAAGAUCUCCCUGGCUGGACAUGUGUGGACGAUAAUUGCUACCUGUAUGUACGUGAGGCUGUGACUUGGGACUGGGCACGGAAAACCUGCAUAGAGAAGAAUGCCACUCUUGUGGCGAUAUCCAGUGCAUCGAAAAACAAUUUGAUUGGAAGGUUGAUCAAGACUAACAUAUGGAUUGGACUUAAUGACCGCGUGGAGGCUGGUAUAUACGUUUGGAACGAUAUUGGUCAGGGGCAAUUUGACAACAAGCCUUCAUACCUUAACUGGGACAGAGAAGAACCGAAUGACAAGCAUUAUGAUCGAUUUACACCUCAGAGGUGUGAUGGAGAGGACUGUGUGCAAAUCAACAUCUGGAAUGGUGUCGUGACGUGGUUUGACUUGAACUGCGACAUUGCGUUACCAUUUAUUUGUGAAAAAAGCCGAGACCCCUACCUGAGCUUUGCGGCCUGGAUAGCCAUCUCCAUGGGCGCUGGACUCAUACUCAGCAUUUUUGGAGGUCGGGCUUACAUGGAGUUUAAACACCGAAAAGGACGCAAGGAGUUGAAGCAGAUGAUAGUGGAAGCUACGGAAAACGAGGAGAGAAAAGAUUUAUAGAACAAGGCAACACAAGCAGUAACAGACUGAAUAGGAGAAGCUUCUACACAAGAAAGCGCUUUUGCUAAACGUUAGCGUGACGUAAGGAAAGACAAAUAAUUAUCCCAUAGUCACGCUUCUCGUCCCGAGAGAGGUCUUGAUUUUAACACUGAAAUGGAUGUUACUGAACAGGCGUG